AUGGCAAAAAAGGCAUUAAUUGCGCGUGAAACAAAACGCCAAAAACUUGUUCAAAAAUAUGCAGCCAAGCGUCUUGAAUUUAAAGAACGCAUCCGUACUGCAGAGUCUAUUCGUGAAGUGGUAAGUAUCCAACGUGAAUUCCAAGGGUUACCCCGUAACAGUUCAAAAGUACGUCUUAAGAACCGUUGUGCAAAGACUGGUCGACCAAAAGGGUAUUACCGUGAUUUCGGUCUUUCACGUCAUGUAUUACGUGAAAUGGCGCACCAAGGGCUUCUUCCGGGAGUCCGUAAAGCAAGUUGGUAA